CCACACAAGAUCGACCUCCGAAACAGCACCGCCAGUCACUAUGGUAUACAUCAACGCAACUCUCAUCUUCGGUCGAACGUUCACAACCCUCUCUCGCGCAUCAUCGCUGGAGACACAGGCCCCUUCAUCGCAGACCAACGCCAUGGCAGACGGUUACUCCACCAGGGGCCUCCCGCCCGCGCCUGAUGUCUCCAUGAGGACAAUCCCGAUGGCCGGCCUGCUCGUCGAUGUAUACGGGCUCGACGAGCUGCCCGCGGACAUGUCCACGCCGGUGACUUGCCUGUGGUUGCUACACCCGCGGACGCGGACGAGGGCGCGCAUGGCGGAUAUUGCCAAGCGCGCGGUCCACGCGUGGAAGUCGAGACGGCAGCCGCCGGAGGAGGCGUUGUCUCCCGCCGUCGCCAGGAGCGGCAGCACGAGUAGCAGCAGCAGCAGACCGACCGCACGGGGGCUCAUCGCGCUGGCGUUUGACAUGCCCAACCACGGCAGCCGGCUGGUCAGCGAGGAGGCCAACGCGGCGUGGGCCGAGGGCAACGCGCAGCACGCGGUGGACAUGGCGGGCGCGGUGCGCGGGGCCGCGGGCGACGUGAGCGCGCUCAUGGACCUCGUCGGCGCGUACGUCGGCAGGCCGGCCGUGGAUGCGCACGUCGCGCUGGGAUGGAGCCUGGGCGGGCACGCGGCGUGGCAGGCCGUCGUGGGCGAGGAGCGCCUGGACGCGGCGGUGGUGAUUAUCGGGUGUCCGGAUCUCCUGGGCCUCCUGACGGACCGCGCCGCCAAGGCUAACCUUGACACCGGCGGCGAGCCGCUCGUCGGGAGCAAGUACCUACCGCCGCCACUCACCGAGUCCCUCUCACGGCACGACCCGCGGGGCAUCUUCUUCGGCAGCGCCCCCUCGCCGCCGCCGCCGGGGCCGACGUCCUUGUCCCACGCCGCCACGGCCGCCGCCGAGCGGGAGCGCCUGCGCGCGCUGCUGGACAGGCACCUGCGCGGCAAGAAGCUGCUGCUGUGCUCGGGCGGGGCGGACGAGCUGGUGCCGCACGCGCGGACGGCGCCCUUCGCGGCAUGGCUCGCGGACGCGGCGCGCGGGUGGUACGCCGACGGCGGGCUCGAGGUCCAGGACAGGGUGUACGACGGGGUGGGCCACCACUUCAGCGGCGGGAUGGUGGUGGACGCGGUUGAGUUCCUGGUGAGGGUCGUGGCGGAGGGUCCGAGGACCAAGGCCGCGAGGGCGCGGAUGUGA